AUGAAAUUCACUAAAGUGCUUGGGCUUAGCUUGGCAAGUAUUGCAAUAAAUACAGACUUUGCACUAGCUAAAUGGCCUGACCAAUCUUUGUACCGAGUCCAAGAGUUUGUGGUGGUGGACCAAACCGUGACAACUUUUAAUGCCACUCCUGAGUGCCAAGACCAGACGAUGUCAAUGAUUAACUCCGCGAUGUCCUACAAGAUCAACGUCGAUGUAAUGGAGCACUGCGUCUUAGAAGCGGUUUCUGUGUUACGGACUUUGCUCAAGGAAAAGAACGAAUUCUGUGCUCUUGACUUGAUGAACAUUGCCACUGAACAAUUACAUUGGUUCCCCCCUGCUGGUAUUGAUCUAUCACACAUCUCAAUGGCGAAACAAUUUGAGCAUUUAAAAACCAUCUACUACAGCGCACCAAUACUGCGUCGCGGGCGCGAUUGGAUUGCAUACAUAGUGCGCGUGUCGGCCCAGAGCUCACAGUGGCAUGCUCUUUCGACAACGGCAACUCAAGUUUGGAGCCAUGCGGAGUCAUCAACACCAGCAAUCCAUGGCUUGUGCCAAGAAAUCGGAAGGGUUUUGAAGACACCUGAGACCAUUAAACUCUUGGCUAAGCUCAAAAAUGAAUGGACUAAAUCUACUCCCACCUGCAAAAAGCCUCAAGAGGCUCGUACUGGGGGCAAAAGAGCUGCUGCACAUGCUGCUGUUGAUGCUGCUGCGAAUGCUGCAGCCAAAGCACCUUCUCGUGUCAUUGAGUUUGUCGCGCCCAAGCCUGGAAAUGUUCCUAAACAUAAUAAACAGCAGGUUCUUGCGUUUGAACAAGAGUACAGCAAUAGCACAAACCAAACAGUCCAAGUAGUGAUCAAGGAAGACGAAUCAUCUGGCGUGGCUUCUCGUCGUAUUUCUUCGUGGUCGAUAAUGGGUGCCGUGAUAGUUGUUCUAAGUGGCGUCACACUCUUUUGA